AUGUGUGCCAUUUUUUUGAAGUCUUGUCUCCGAGCUGCAGAGGCUCUAGAAAGCGUUUUGAAAUCUAGCUAUGGCCCAAACGGACUCGACAGUCUAAUCGUAUUGCAUUCAGGAGACGUUCUGAUGACGAACGACGGUUCAACUAUUCUAUCAUGCGUCGACGUCCAGCAUCCCGGAGGCAAAACGAUAAUCGAUGCCGUAACGACGUUCCACGGCCGACAUGGAAAUAACAGUAAAGCUUUCGUGCUAAUGGUUACUGCGGCUCUCAGAAACAUCGUCAAUCGUGUCGACAGUGUACUCGAGACAGCCAGAAUUGGCAGGCAGAUGAUUGCCAGUCAAAAGCACGUAUUGGAAUCAAUGAUUUUGCCGGUAUUAGUCCAGUCAUCAAAGAAAACAAGUUUGACUGAUUGUAGAGCAUUGCAUCACGUGGCAUCAGAUAUUCUAAAAACGCAACUAAAUGGAAAGUUUUCGUCAUCAGUUAGAGAUUUCUUGUCUUUGCUGCUUUUGGAUUUUGUCAAUUUACUUUUUAGAGGCGAGGGCAGCGCUGACUCGAAUGUCAGUGAGUAUGUUGCUCGUGUCAUUGACUUAUUUCCAUGCUGCUGCACAACAGUCGAUGGUUUGUCUGUUCGACAGUCUCGAGUGGUUGAUGGGAUCGUUAUUGGCAGGUCAGUUGUCUUUGGCAUCGACAAACACAAUUGGCACGGUGGAUAUUUCAUUUUACUAAAGGGAGACUUCACUGUCUCUCUACCCAAAUCAGCACAUAGCACUACCCUUGCAACUCAAUCUGUUUCUGCAGUUACAGAAUGGCAACAAUGCUAUGUAGCAAAAACAGCAGCUGCGUUACACUCUCAGGGUGUUACUCUUCUCAUCAUGACUGGUAUCUGCCCAACGUCCUGUAUCCAAUCAUUGUUGUGGCAUAAAAUUGCUGUUGUCCCUAUGGUUUCAGAAGAAGACAUAGAACUCUAUGCAGAGCAUCUUUCUUUGAAUAUCUGUUCGCUUCCCGGCGUGUUUGACCUUCCUCAUAAUGCACUUUACAAGUAUGAGUCUAUCGAGCAGCUUGCACUUGGAAAAGAAGACUGUGUUAACAUCAAAGGGGUAUCGAUGAAGCACAUGGUCUUGUGUGCUCCAACCAGAGGCUUAGCCAAAGUGUAUUACAUCGCUUUACAUAAUGCAUUGAAAUGUCUUCGUAUGUGGACACAACUACUCUCUAACUCUGAAAUGGCUAUGGCAGUGCAAGGUGGCGGUUUCGUGGAGCUGUUAAUAGAUGGUGUUCUGAGGUCCAAAAUUUUAGAGAACAUCAAUGUAGCACCAGAGUAUGUUGACUUAGCUGCUGUGCUUCAAGCUGCAGUACUGAGUAUACCCAAGGCACUGAUUGACAAUACCACAGUUGGUAGCAAACGUGCUCGUACUUUCUUAGCUACCUGUCAAAGACAGACAACGGGGUUAAAUCCAGUGGGUAUUACUAAUGUCGACCGUUUCUCGGAUGUCGAAGAUGUUGAAAUAUUGGAACCAUUAUAUAGCAAGUACUGUCUUUUGCAAGAUGUAACAAACUUGCUAGGGCAUCUAUGCCAAAUUGAAUCUGUUGUGCCUGUGAAAUGUGUCCAUGCUACACACAAUGAUGAUGAUAAAUAAUGAAAAAAGAAUUAUGAUGGUUGGACAAAACUUUCAAAUUCA